GAGAGGAGGGAGGGAGGAAAAGAGAGAGGGAGGGUGAGAGGGAGGGGCGGGCAGGAGAAAAAAGCAGAGAGGGUGAACCACAGUGACACACUUCUCAGUCCCCUACACACAGGCUAGGGAGAGGACUUCACAGCUCUCCUUCUGCAGGAUGCCAGUGACUCCUGACUCUCCAUAGUUGGGGCGUGCGAUCCAGCUCCGGACACAAGACAUCUGGCAGGAGGACCGGUUCUGGUCUUCUCAGCAGGAGGUCACAGCUCUGAAUGGGGAAAGCUCUUCAUCUGGAAACUUGGGAGGAGUUUAAGAGAGACCAGCCUGAUUCUCUCUGCUCUCCUGACUCUGGACCGCAAUACAGGUGGACGAGCAGCCACAUCGACUGACUCCUGUAAUACGUGUGUGAUGAAGGACACUGAGGAGACAUACCUGUACCUGACUGGAGAGGGUUAGGGGACAGGGGAGAGAAGAGGAGAGAGAGAGGGACAGGGGGAAAGAGACAGCGCACGAGAGAGAGAAAGAGAGAAGCAUUCAAAAGAGAAGAGAACGAGGGUGGAGAGAAGGAGUCCGUCUGGACUGUGGGAGUAGACACUACGGGCUUCUGGAGGCUGUGACUGCCCCUCUGAUCCCAGGAAACACACGGGCUGUGAGAUGCUGGAGCCGUGAGAAUCCAUGAUAAGUCAUAAUGGGGCCACAAAUAUACCUAUUAAAACAUUACUCACUGUAAUGGACUAAAACUGUAGCAAUAUGGAUAUCAAGGACCUUCAGAACUCCACAUUUGAAGGCAACACUUCGUACUCCCAGCCCAUCACACACAGUCUCUGGGAGGUCAUCACCAUAGCAACAGUUUCAGCCAUUGUGAGUCUCAUAACUGUGGUGGGAAAUGUGCUUGUGAUGUUGUCGUUUAAGGUGAACAGCCAGCUGAAGACUGUGAACAACUACUACCUACUGAGCCUGGCCUUUGCUGACCUCAUCAUCGGGGUGUUUUCUAUGAACUUGUAUACAUCCUACAUACUGAUGGGUUAUUGGGCCCUGGGGAACCUAGCAUGUGAUCUUUGGUUAGCAUUGGAUUAUGUGGCCAGCAAUGCAUCCGUCAUGAAUCUGUUGGUCAUUAGCUUCGACAGGUACUUCUCUAUCACAAGGCCCCUGACGUACAGGGCCAAAAGGACGCCAAAACGUGCCGCCAUCAUGAUUGGUCUGGCGUGGUUGGUGUCAUUCAUUCUAUGGGCACCGCCCAUCCUGUGCUGGCAGUACCUAAUUGAUAAAAGGACAGUUCCGGCAAACCAGUGCACGAUCCAGUUUUUCUCCGUGCCAGUGAUCACAUUCGGCACAGCCAUUGCCGCUUUCUACAUCCCCGUGUCGGUGAUGACUAUUCUUUACUGUCGGAUCUACAAAGAGACAGAGAGGCGCACCAAGGAUCUGGCAGAACUCCAGGGCCUCACGUCCUCCGAGAACCCCGAAGGUACCAAGCCUCCGAAAACAACCAUCCGCUCCUGCUUCAGCUUCACCAGCGAGCGCAGAGACAGGAACCAAGCCUCCUGGUCUUCCUCCAACCAGAGCAAUGCCACCAAGACCACCACGCACUCCGACGACGCCUGGGUCAAAAUGGACCAGAUCACCUCCUUCAACAGCUAUUCCUCGUCGGGGGAGGAGGAGGAAGAGCAGCCAGUUUCCACGGCAACCUCCCAGGGGUCGUUCAAAGGUCCGAGUCGAGGGCAAGGGCCAGCAGAGGAGGGGCCGGUAGCAGGUUACAACGAGAAAGGGUAUUUCACCAGCCCUGAUAAGAAGGGAAGCACCAAGAAGGGAAUCUCUUACAAGUUUAAACCUAAAGCACAAGGGAGCAGCCUGGCAAAAGAAUUAAAGAGGGACACCAAAACUCCACCGCUAUGUGCCUCGGAACCUGAUCAGCCAGUCCGCAAAUCCUUCUCAACCACCUCCAAACCCAUGGACCCUACCCUGAAGAGCCAAAUAACUAAGAGGAAGAGGAUGGUGCUGAUCAAGGAGAAGAAGGCUGCACAGACUCUCAGUGCCAUUCUCCUCACCUUCAUCCUGACGUGGACGCCCUACAACAUCAUGGUGCUGAUCUCCACCUUCUGUUCCGACUGCAUCCCCAUCUCCCUGUGGCACCUGGGCUACUGGCUGUGCUACGUCAACAGCACCAUCAACCCCAUGUGCUACGCGCUCUGCAACAAGACCUUCCAGAAGACUUUCCGCAUGCUGCUACUAUGCCAGUGGAGGAGGAAGAGAGGGGAGGACAAGCUCUACUGGUGUGGACAAAACCCAGUCAUCAGCAACAGCAAAAUAACAUGAUGGGUUUCUACUGGUGUGGACAAAACCCAGUCAUCAGCAACAGCAAAAUAACAUGAUGUGUUAUCCACAUAACAUGUAAGAUUGUUCAGCAGAUGUCCUUUCAAAGUGACUCCCAAGUUUUCAGAUUUGAUCAAUUGAGACUCAACAGAGGACAGUAUUUGGAUAAUGUGGGUAUGACGUCAAUUAUGUUGUUUGCUAGUACUACGUGCCAGCCAAGGGGUCAAUGUCAACAUGCAAUUGUAAAUGGAAAUUACAAAUGACUUGUGAAUGCAUCCAUUAUGUGCUUUCAUGAAAUUUUUGUAGAUUGCACCUUCAAUGUCAAUUUACGAACCUCACAGAAAGGUGUGUUUGAGUAGAAAACAAACAUUUAGGUACAGUACAGUAUAUACCAUUCAGAGAGUUUGCUGUUUGUUGUUCAGUGUUGAUUAUGUAUUUUUAUACUACACAUAGCCGUUCAGUCGAUUUCGGGCCAUUGUAAUUUUAGACAUUUUGUGAAUGUUGUACUGAUAUAUCAGAUUUAAAGAUAACAUUUAGACUUGCUAUUUAAUUUAUAAGAAACAAAGUAAAAUUGUAUUUAAGGGCUACCCAAUGAUGUUUACAGGGGUGGGUUAAUUACACUGGGUAAGUGACAAUCCGGUAUACAACCCACUUUCUAUCAGGGAAUAAACAGGAUAACCAUCAAUAAGAUUAGGCUGAAGAGAGUGAAGAGAAAAUACAAUCUGUACAGUUUUCUGAACUAAUUUUAAUAGAUGUAAUUGAUUGGGACUGGUCUAUUUAUAUCACAAUGGUGAUUGGUUGACAUGUGAUACUGUACUACCCAUCUCUGACUUGAGUUUCUAAGGUGAAGCUUACAAGCUUAAUACAGUGCUGGUAUUGCCCCCUUUUGUCCUGGUGCCUUUGUUUUGCUCAGAGGACAGACUGCCUUGUCCAUUCAUUUGUGUUGGUGACCUUGAUCUUGUGUAUAGUAAUGUGCAUGUUAAUCUAUAUUUAUGAGCCUAUCUGUUGAAUAUAAACAUCCAAACAUCAAUAUUAUGCUGGUUUUAGAGAUUGGUUUGUGUUUUCGGACUUCAGGUUGA